AUGGAGAAUAACGCACCUGGGGCCUUGCUCAGUUCACUCACUGCCUUUGACCCUGACCUCCAUGAAAACCAGUAUCUGGUUUAUUUUCAUCCUGGUAGAGAAGGAGAUAUUAACAUCCAUGUCCAUGCUGUUCUCCAUCAACCCAGAGAACGGAAAACUUACGCACUGAAAACUUUUGACUAUGAGAUCGAGAAUGAGUUUCUUUUCCACAUCGAGGCCGACUCUUGGUUCUCUCCACCAGCACGCGCACGGCUCGGUGGUGGAGGAGAACUUCAGAUCCACGAUAAAGGCUCUCUGGUUGCCAAGGUGAUCGCUUUAGACACAGACUCGUUCAAGUGUCAGAAACCCAAGCCCAGCAAUGCGGCUCCUCCUUGCAGGAACAGUGUGAUCAGUGAGAACCCACCAUCGCAGAUUCCACUCUGGUCUCCAACGAUGCCUACUGUGUCUCAUUAUUCAAUACCUGAGGAAAUGAAAGACAGAUCAGUUGUAGCAAACCUCGCUACUGAUCUCGGCUUGGAUGUGAAAACACUGAUUCAGAGGAAGAUGCGUCUGGAUAUCAUCGCACAGAAAAUAUCUGAUGUGAACAAAGAGACUGGGGAACUGUACAUUGUGGAGAAGAUUGACAGAGAAUAUAUUUGUUCAGCAAAGUCGACAUGCUAUCUUAGACUGGAGGUAAUUUUAGAAAACCCGUUGCGAAUAUUUAAUAGAAGUAGAAAUUUGGAUAUAAACGACAACGCCCCACAAUUUCGAAGAGACGCGAUAAAUUUAGACAUUUCUGAGUCGACGCCAAACGGAGAGAGAGAUUCUCUCAGUAAUGCAGUUGAUCCUGAUGUCGGGAGCAACUCGGCGAAAACUUACCAUCUCAGUGAAAGCGAACAUUUUAAUAUUGAAGUUCAGACCGGAAGAGAGGGGACGAAGUUUGCUGAAAUAAUCUUGCAAGACUUAGACCAGCAGGCUGUUCAUAAUUUAAUACUCACAGCUGUAGAGAUGGAGGAACACUCGCUCGUUCUUGGUACUGCCAGUGUUAUUGUUCACGUUUUAGACACAAAUGACAACGCUCCUACGUUUGAUGAAACGAUUCAUAAUAUAAAAAUUACUGGUACUCCCAUAGGAAGUCUUGUUAUUCAUCUGAAUGCAACUGAUUUAGAUGAGGGGUCAAACUCUGAUAUAAUUUACUCAUAUAGUUUAUAUACGCCAGAAAAGACGAAAACAUUUAAUCUGAAUCCUUCCACUGGUGAAAUUAAGAAGGGAAUGUUAAAUCACGAGGACUUCAGGAUUUAUGAUAUGGUUAUAGCAACCGACCAUGGAGCCACUAGUUUAUCAGGACAAUGUACCAUAAAGACUUGGUUGAAGACAUGAAUGACAACUUACCCAGAAAUAUCUAUUAAAUCAUUUCAGAGUCCAGUCAAUGAAAACAUAGAAUUAGACACAGUGAUCGCCAGAAGUUAGUGCCAGUGAUAAAGACUCUGUGACAAUGGAGUGGUUGAUCUCCGUAUUCCAGAUAAUAUGCUCAAACCGAGAGAAUCCUCUGAUAACUAUUAUGAAUUAGUGGUACAGAGCUGCUAACGUGAGAAGGUUCCUGAAUAUGACGUCACUUUCACUGUCACAGACAGAGGUUCUCCUUAUCUGACAAUCCAAACUAUGACUUUAGAGCUGCUGGAUGUUAAUGAUAAUGUUCCACAGUUCCCUCAGUUGUUUUAUACGAUACGCGGGAUAGAGAAUAACGCACCUGGGGCCUCCUGUCUACUCACUGCCUUUGACCCUGUCCAUGAAAACCAGCAUCUGGUUUAUUUCAUUCUAGAGAAGGAGAUAGCCAACACCUCCAUGUCCAUGCUGUUCUCCAUCAACCCAGAGAACGGUAAUCUUUACGCACUGAAAACUUUUGACUAUGAGACCGAGAAGGAGUUCCUGUUCCACAUCGAGGCCAGAGACUCUGGUUCUCCUCCACCUGCCUGUAAUGCCACCGUCCAUAUUGUUAUUGUGGACCAGAACGACAACGUUCCGGUUAUCGUGUCUCCGUAUAGCGCGCACGGCUCGGUGGUGGAGGAGAAGAUCCCUUAAUCCACAGAUAAAGGCUUCUGGUUGCCAAGGUGAUCGCUUUUAGACACGGACUCAGUUCACAAUCGGAUUACCUACCAGUUUCUACAGGUGACUGACGCCACCUUGUUCAGUCUGACCAGUACAACUUGAGAGAUCCGGACUAUGAGGAUGUUCAGUUACAGAGAUCCACGCCACCAGAGACUGGUUGUUGUUGCUAAGGACAACGGGGUGGCUCUCUGCCAAGCAGUCACCAUCAAGCUGUCCACAGUGGAGACCGUCGCUAAGGCCUACUCUGACAUGACUGAGGUGUGUUCUAGCAACGACAUCUUCUCAGACCUAAACCUGUAUUUGGUGAUCGGUCUGGGCUCCGUGUCGCUUCUCCUGCUCAUCACCAUAUUGGUCACCAGCUCAUGUCAGAAACCCAAGCCCAGCAAUGCAGCUCCUCCCUGCAGAACAGUGAUAGGUGAGAGGAACUCCACCAUCGCAGAUUCCACUUGUCUCCUGAACGAUGCCUACUGGUACAGUCUGCUUCUGGCAGAGACCCGGAAAGGAAAGAUGGUGGUCAGACAGCCUGUGCCAAAGUGGGUCUAGACAUCGUGUCCAGUAUAAUGGAGAGGAACAGGACUCACAGAUACUAGCGACUCAGCAGUCGCAUUUGCAGUGGUCAAGCUCCUGCUCAUCACCAUUGGUCACCAUCGUGCUCAAGUGUCAGAAACCCAAGCCCAGCAAAGCGGCUCCUCCCUGCAGGAACAGUGUGUGAUCAGUGAGAGGAACUCCAUCAUCGCAGAUUCCACUCUGUCUCCAACGAUGUCACUGGUACAGUCUGUUUCUGGCAGAGACCAGGAAGGGAAAGAUGGUGGCUGGGACAGCCUGUGCCAAAGGGCUCCAGAUACAUCGUGUCCAGCAUACCGAGAGCACAGGACCACAGACACUAGCGCACUCAGCAUCUACUCUGCAGGUAGGAAAUGA